ACACAACCUCAACACCAGAAUCAUGAGCACAUUCACACUGCCAGGCUCGUCACCCGAGUGCCCAGUCCACUUGACGGACGAUCUCACAAAAGAACAACUUCUAUCAUUCCCGGCUUUCAAGAACUGGUCUGAGACGCUCCAACACUCACUCAAACAGCAAGAAUCAAAGACACACACCUUCCAUCAAGCACCUUACAAGCUCAGACGCAUCGACAUUCAGAGCGUGGACUUUUUCGGUGGUGAACGCAUUGGUUUCAUAAAGUUCAAGGCAGAAGUCUCGAACGAUAAUGGAGAAAAGUUCCCUGGCUCUGUGUUCUUGAGAGGAGGCAGUGUUGCGAUGCUGCAUGUCAUUCUGACCGUACAACCUCGCAUACCAGCUGGGUCUCUCUGUUUCUCAGAGCUUCCUGCAGGCAUGCUCGACGACGCAGGUACUUUCUCAGGUGGUGCUGCGAAAGAGAUCGAAGAGGAGACAGGCCUCAAGAUCAAAGAGGACGAACUCACCGAUCUUACAAAGCUCACGUUCAGCUCAGACGAGCAGACUCAAGAUGGAGAGAAGCUGCAAAAGGCUAUGUAUCCUAGUGCUGGAGGAUGCGACGAGUUUGUGCCUAUUUUCUUGCACCAGCAGCGCAUCCCUCGUAAACAGCUCAAGGAUUGGCAGGGCAAGUUGACAGGACUGCGCGAUCAUGGCGAGAAGAUCACUUUGAAGGUGGUGAGACUGGAAGAGCUGUUCCGUGAAGGAGGCAGAGACAGCAAAGCAUUGGCUGCUUGGUCAAUGUACGAGGGUCUGAGACGUGAGGGCAAGUUG